GGGUCGCGAGGGCGCCGGCGAGGCGGGAGCGGAGGCCAAGGCGACGCGGCCGCUGAAGGUCGCGAGAGACGGGGCCGCAGAAUGUGUGGGCGCACGUCGUGUCACCUCCCCAGGGACGUCCUCACUCGAGCUUGCGCCUAUCGGGACCGGCGGGGCCAGCAGCGGCUCCCGGCCUGGAGGGACCCGGAUAAGUAUUGUCCCUCGUACAACAAGAGCCCUCAGUCCCGCAGCCCCGUGCUGCUGUCGCGGCUGCACUUCGAGAAGGACGCAGACUCAUCCGAGCGCAUCAUUGCUCCCAUGCGAUGGGGCCUGGUCCCCUCUUGGUUCAAAGAUGAUCCCUCCAAGCUGCAGUUCAAUACCACCAACUGUCGCAGUGACACCAUUAUGGAGAAACGGUCGUUCAAGGUGCCGCUUGGCAAGGGCAGACGCUGCGUCGUCUUAGCAGACGGAUUCUACGAGUGGCAGAGAUGUCAGGGGACAAACCAGCGGCAGCCGUACUUCAUCUACUUCCCCCAGGUCAAAACGGAGAAGUCUGCAGACGGCGCUGAGAGCCGGGAGAAGGUCUGGGAUGACUGGAGGCUGCUGACCAUGGCCGGGAUCUUCGACUGCUGGGAGCCCCCGGAGGGCGGAGAGGUCCUGUAUUCCUACACCAUCCUCACCGUGGACUCCUGCAAGCGCCUGAGCGACAUCCACCACAGGAUGCCCGCCAUAUUGGAUGGGGACGAGGCGGUCUCUAAAUGGCUGGACUUUGGCGAGGUCUCAGCUCAGGAAGCCAUGAAGCUAAUUCACCCCACGGAGAACAUCACCUUCCACCCCGUGUCCCCCGUGGUGAACAACUCCAGAAACAACACCCCCGAGUGCCUGGCUCCCGUCGAUUUGGUGGUCAAGAAGGAGCCCGCGCCAGGCGGCAGCAGCCAGAAGAUGCUGCAGUGGCUGGCCACGAAGUCGCCCACAAAGGAAGAGCCGAAAACACCCGAGAAGGAAGAGUCGGGCGUGCCUCGGUGGUCCAGCCAGUUCCUGCAGCACAGCCCGCUCCCUCGCAAGAGAGGCGGGGCGGGGCUCCUGCAGCGCUGGCUGAAGCGAGAAGAGGAGGAGCCUGCGGCCAAGCUGGCCCACAGCCAGUGACGGCACGGGACUUCCAGGAACCCAGGGCGGCGCGUCCUGCGCCCGCUGCUCUCCGUGACGACAGCUUCUUGCAUCGUAUGUGUGUGUGUGUGUGUUU